UUCAUUCAGAGAGACUCUCAGUGAAGUAGCAGCGGAGGGUGGAAGUGCAGGCGGUAGAGUGAACUUGCAGAGGUCAGAAGGAAAGCCUGUUUUUUGUUGUUAUUUUUAAAGUCAGGCUCUGACAGCAAACAUGGAGAGAGCAUUACACACCACACAUGACAUAGACAGACGCUUGCUCCUACCCUAAGAAAGCCAGUAAAGACAGCCCAAAACAACUUGAACUAAUCUGUCCACAAGGAGCAGGAGAGAGAGCCGAGGGAUCGUAACGCUGGAGCUCAAGGAUAAACCAUGGACACUGCGUACACCACAACACACCUGGAGGUCCACCAUGCUCCCUGCUAACCUCCUGCUCCUCAUGGUCCUGCUGCUACCUCACGCCUCGUCGGGUCGCCAGGGUGACACCGGUGACAAUGGCACGCUAUCGGACCCCCCGCCGUCCUCCCCCCUGGAGCCCGGUCUGGCUCGGACCAUCCAGGGCCUCCUGCUGAGCCGCCUGGGUCUGCAGUCGCAGCCUGAUCCUCGGCCCGGAGUGCCGGUCCCGAGGUACCUGAUGGAUCUGUACCGCUUCCAUCAACAGCAGUACCACCUCCUGGAGGACCCCUCCUUCAGCUUCCCCAGUCGCCACGUGCAGCAGGCCAACACCGUACGCAGCUUCCAUCACACUGAGCCCCUCACAGCAGAGGACCACAGACACCUGCACAUCUCCUUCAACGUCUCCUCCAUCCCUCAGGAUGAGAAGGUGCUCUCCGCUGAGCUCCGCCUCCUGCGCGUGGCCAGGACCUCCCUCAGACUAAACCUGUACCUCUCAGAGCACCACGAGGACCCCCGACCCACCCUGCUAGAGACAAGACUGCUCGCCGCUGGCCCUCAAAGUCAGAAAGCUAGCAACGUCUGGGAAGCAUUUAGCUUAAACGCGGCGCUCUUUGAUUUGGCCCUCAGUGGAGCCGGCCAUCUGGGCUUCCUCCUGGAGGUCAGACCGGAGAACAGCAACUCAUCGCUCCAGGAUCAGAGCUUCGUAGCAAGCCAGGAGGAAAGGGAGGGACACAAGGAGGGUCACCUGAGGGUGUGCAGGUCUGUGGGGCAGGAUGAGCACAGCUGGGCCCAGGAGAGACCCCUCCUGGUGACCUAUAGUCAUGACGGGCGUGGGGAGCCUUUGGUCAGACAUAGUAGGAGGAACCUCAGUGGGGUCCAGAGGAUGAGAGGAAGGAAAGAAGGGACAAAAGAGAAGAGCAAAAGCUGGGAUAGAGACCAAAAGUGGGUGGAAAACACAAGUUGGGGGGGUGAUACAGGAAGUGAAAGUGGAAGGGUAAAACGAAACGGCAGGCGGGCCACGAAGCUGAAACGCCUCUCCCGUAACAGAUGCCGGCGCCAUCCGCUCUACGUGGAUUUUAACGACGUGGGCUGGCACAAGUGGAUCAUCGCGCCCAGCGGCUACGACGCCUUCUUCUGCCUGGGGGAGUGCCGCUUCCCGCUGGCCGACCACAUGAAUUCCUCCAGCCACGCCAUGGUGCAGACGCUGGUCAACUCGGUGAACGGCGCCGUGCCGCGGGCCUGCUGCGUGCCCACCUCCCUCAGCCCCAUCGCCCUGCUCUACCUGGACCCUCAGGACCGAGUGGUGCUGAAGAACUACCAGGACAUGGUGGUGGAGGGCUGUGGCUGCCGGUAGCGUGCUGAUAGCAUUAAGAGUUUAGAAUUAAGCAGCUGAUUGUUUCAUUGGAAAUGACAUGAGAGCAUAACAUCUGCCAAACCAUGCUUCACCAUCGGAAGAUAUUAUGCCGCUUUUCCAUCGCAUGGCACGUCUCCGCUCAGUUCUGCGGAAAUCACACUGCGUGGAACGCAUCGGUCAGAAGGAGGGAGGCUGACAGGGGUCUCCCCUAUUUACUUCUCAGCGUGUCGCUGUGGAAAUUAGACACAUUUCAUCCAAGAGGAGACUGAGGGCAGCAAGAAAAUGGGCCAUUCCAGCAAAGAAGGUGGAGACUGUGGAGUAUAACACUGCAGAAGCCAUAGCGAAAACACGGUGUCACUGUGUUUAUUUUCUUCAUUCACAGUCAUUUGAUUGGAAAAAUAAAUGUCCAAGAGGAGACUGAGGGCAGCAGAAAACAGACCUCUGCUGCAAAGUGGAGACUGUGGAGUAUAACACUGCAGCAGCCAAAGCUAAAACACAGUGACACGCUAUUUAUUUUCUUCAUUCACAGUCAAAUGUUAACAGAAAAAAAAUGCCCAAGAGGAGACUGAGGGCAGUAAGAAAAUGGACCAUUGCAGCAAAGCAGAGACUGGGGCGUAUAAUACUGCAGAGCUAAAACACAAUGACACUGUUUAUCAUCUUCAUUAGCUGUCAGGUACUAUACAGUGGUGGGAAAGUGUUUGCCCCCCUCCUGAUUUCUUUUUUUUUUUUUGUUGCUUUUUUUGCAAUGUUUGUCACACUUUAAUGUUUAAGAUCAUCAAACAAAUUUUAAAAUUAGUCAAUGACAACACAACUGAACACAAACUGAAACAUUUUAUUAUUAAAGGAGAUAGAUUGAGAUCUAUCAGUGUGGAAAAGGUUAUAAAGCCAUUACUAAAGCUUUGGGACUCCAGCCAACCACAGUGAGAGCCAUUAUCCACAAAUGGCCAAAACAUGGAACAGUGGUGAACCUUCCCAGGAGUGGCCGGCCAACCAAAAUGACCCCAAGAGCGCAGUGACGACUCAUCUGAGAGGUCACAAAAAACCCCACAACAACAUCCAAAGAACUGCAGGCCUCACUUGCCUCAGUUAAGGUCAGUGUUCAUGACUCCACAAUAAGAAAGACACUGGGCAAAAACGGCCUGCAUGGCAGAGUUCCAAGACCAAAACCACUGCUGAACAAAAACAACAUUAAGGCUCAUCUCAAUUUUGCCAGAAAACAUCUUGAUGAUCCCCAACACCUUUGGGAAAAUACUCAAAAGUUGAACUUUUUGGAAGGAGUGUGUCCCAUUACAUCUGGCAUUUCAGAAAAAGAACAUCAUAGCAACAGUAAAAUAUGGUGGUGGUAGUGUGAUGGUCUUCAGGACCUGGAAGACUUGCUGUGAUAAAUGGAAGCAUGAAUUGUGCCGAAGGAGAAUGUCCAGCCAUCUGUUGGUGACCUCAAGCUGAAAGCAACUUGGGUUCUGCAGCAGGACAAUGAUCCAAAACACACCAGCAAGUCCACCUCUGAAUGGCUGAAGACUUUGGAGUGGUCUAGUCCAAGUCCUGACCUGAAUCCUAUUGAGAUGCUGUGGCAUGACCUUAAAAAGUAAAAGCCUCCAAUGUGGCUGAAUGACAACAAUUCUGCUAAAUUCCUCCCCAGCGCUGGAAGAGACUCAUUGCAAGUUAUCACAAACGCUUGAUUGCAGUUGUUGCUGCUAAGGGGGGGCCAACCACUUAUUAGCUUUAGGGGGCAAUCACUUUAUCACACAGGGACAUGUAGCUUUGGAUGUUUUUUCUCCCUUAAUAAUAAAACGUUUCAUUUAAAAAGUACAUAAAGUGUUGAGUUGUGUUGUCAUUGACUAAUUUUACAUUUGUUUGAUGAUCUGAAACACUUAAGCGUGACUAAAGUGCAAAAAAAGAAGAAAUCAGGAAGGGGUCCAACACUUUUUCACACCACUGUAAGUAGUAGUGAUAGUACCGGCUUUUGCCAACAGAAAUGCGUCAAACGUGAGAAGAGCCGAGUCGGUACCGUGCAGGGGAAAAGGUGCAACUCUUGUGACGUUGUUUUGCAGCAGUGAUUGACGUGGUUAGCGAUAAGCGCAUGGCAUCGUAACGUCACGUGACGACGUGGUUGCUGCAAUAUUUGCAGAAACCACCAAGAAGGAAGCAAGGGUGCUGAGCGCAAAGAGUGUCCCGCGACGCACCUUUAUGUCACAAGCUAUUUAAAAAAAAACAAACAUCAGCAUUGCUGAAAAUGACGACGCUAUUGUUUGAAUGUACUGCUACUCCUCUACAUUCCAUUAUUAUUUAAAGAAAACAGACUUUUCAUACUUUUCUUUACAGACAAGUGUCGUGAUUCCAUUUAAUCCACUGCAAUUCUAACUUAAAGGUUGUGUAUUUAAAAAUGUGGUGUAUUUAAUCUUGGUGAUAUUUAAAAAAAGAAAUAAAUAACAUGCCGUCAACAGACAACAGUUAUGGCUUUUACAUGUGACGUGUGUCCAGUGCUACGUCUGCUGGUGUCCAUCAUACAACAACAUGAGUGGCGUUGCCUUUAAGAGCUCAACAACUAACAAGUGUGUGUAUUGUUGCUAUUCCAGUGUGUAACCACAGGUGUCUAGUAGCCGUGUGUGUCUGCAUGUGUCAGCGGCAACAGCAAAACAACAAAAAAAAGACGACUGAUGUGAGAAAUGUUGUGCCUUUCAAACGAGGGCGUCAAACGUGUUUUCUGCUGAGCUAAUUGUUUUCCCGUGUUGCAUUUUUCUGUCUUCAUACAAAGCAACAGCUUGUAAAUGUUCCAAAAUAUGCCUACAAUAAAGAAAACAAACAGAACCGAUGUUGU